GCCCUGCAUUUGCCCUCUGUACACUACAACACUUCUCAAUUCUUUUACUUUCUCACGGUCUUGACUCCGAGCCCUACACUCCUUUCCCCCUUGAAAUUGACGAACAUCCGGUAAACGGCGACACGCAUACGAAACGAUAGACGGCGACUUUGUCGUAGGACCUCAAACGGCGAUACACCUGCUCGGAACCUCCAAGUCAGAGAGCGCUCAGUCGCAUAAAAGGCGCAGCAUGUCUACAACCCUUGGCUCCUUCAUAGCCGGCGGCAUAGCAGCAUGCGGAGCCGUGACAGUGACGCACGGCUUCGAAACAGUCAAGAUCCGACUACAACUACAAGGCGAGCUAAAGGCAAAGAGCGAUGCGCCGCGGUUAUACCGGGGAGUCUUCCACGGCGUCAGCGUCAUUCUCAAGAACGAGGGGCCCCGAGGCCUAUUACGCGGGUUAGGAUGUGCAUACAUCUACCAAAUGACCCUCAACGGCUGCCGCCUCGGCUUCUACGAACCCGUCCGCAAAACCCUCACCACAACCCUCUACCACGACCCCAACUUACAAUCCUUCUUGAUAAACCUCUUCGCAGGCGCCUCCUCCGGCAUCCUCGGCGCCGCAGCCGGCUCCCCCUUCUUCCUCGUGAAAACCCGCUUGCAAUCGUACUCGCCCUUUCUUCCCGUAGGCACCCAGCACCACUACCGCAACGCGCUAGACGGCAUGCGCCAGAUCUAUUCUUCCGAAGGUAUAAAGGGAUUGUACAGGGGAGUGGGGCCCGCGAUGGUAAGGACAGGGUUUGGCAGCUCAGUACAGUUGCCGACGUAUUUUUUUGCGAAGAGGAGACUGGUCAAGCAUCUGGGGAUGCAGGAGGGUAUGCCGUUGCAUAUUGCGAGUAGUACGGCAAGUGGGUUUGUCGUCUGCUGUGUUAUGCAUCCUCCAGACACGGUUAUGUCGCGGAUGUACAAUCAGACGGGGAAUUUGUACAAGAGUGCGUUUGAUUGUUUGGCUAGGACGGUUAGGACCGAGGGCGUGCUGGCGUUGUAUAAGGGGUAUUUUGCGCAUUUGGCCAGGAUAUUGCCGCAUACGAUUCUCACCCUCACACUGGCGGAACAAACUAUCAAACUCAUGCGCAUGGUCGAAGAUCGCAUCUUACCCGCUGAUGUAAAAGCGAAGAUAUAAAUCCUUCCCUUUUUCGCUUCUGUAACAAUACAAUGUUAUUACCAUCUUUGCCUUUGUGCUUCUCGAGUCCUGGGUGGGUUUUUUCCCCCCACAGUCUACAGACAGCAAUUGAAAAAAAAAAAGAGGG